AUGCCAAAGGGCGCUUUCCCCCUGGAGGUGGUUGCCGCCACCCCACCUCAUGGGCCUUUCGAUGUUCGCGGACGAGCAUUUAAUAAAGCUUUACAUUGGUCCGACCCGAAUACAUUCGGUCCACGUGCCUAUUUUGUGACGGUAGCAAAACCUGCGGCUCUUACAUUGGAUGGAGUACAACUUGACGACGAAGGUCUCUACCGCUGCAGGGCAGACUUUCGCACCACUCCUACUCGUAAUUUUGCGAUAAACUUGACAGUUAUUGUUCCGCCUCAUCAGAUGUUGGUGUACGAUAAUUCAGGGCGAGACGUUUCCGCCGUAGUAGGACCUAUGGAGGAAGGAUCCGAUCUUAUCCUUACUUGUGAAGUUCGUGGAGGUCGCCCUCCUCCGACACUAACAUGGUUCGUCAAUGAGAGAAUCGUAGAAGGUCACUUGGAACCAUCGAGAAACCACGUUAUGGUUAAUAGGUUGGUUGUAAAUGGAGUCAAGAGAGAACACUUGAAUUCUUCGUAUAAAUGCCAAGCUAGUAACACGAAACUGAUGAUGCCGACCGAACGAAUGGUUAGAUUAGAGCUACUACUGCGCCCACUUAGUGUUCAAAUUCUUCUGAAGCCUAAACAAAUGAUUGCCGAUCAAGAUUACGUAAUCACAUGUCAGGUGGAAGGUUCGCGACCUCGGGCAACGAUUUCGUGGAUUAGAGAUAAUCGAAAAUUCCGAAGGGGAAAAAUCGCGGAAGAUGGUAAUGACACAACCAUUUCGAGUACCGUGACAUUUGCCCCAGUUCCCGAGGACGAUGGAACAUUCUUAAAAUGCUUAGGUGACAACCCCAGUCUUCCAGGAGUUGGACAAGAGGAUUCGUUUAAGUUAAACAUUGUCUAUCCACCCCAAGUGUCGCUUCAUCUCGGAAGUACAUUAAAUCCCGAAGACAUCAAAGAGGGAGACGACGUUUACUUUGAAUGCAACAUUCGGGCGAACCCUAAAGAACACAAGAUCACGUGGUUUCACGAUGGUGGCUUGGUGAGUCAGAACAUGUCAUCUGGAGUAAUAAUCAGCACACACAGUUUGGUUCUGCAAAGGGUGACGCGAUGGCAAAGCGGCAGUUACACCUGUCUGGCAGCCAAUAACAGGGGAGAAACUGUGAGCAAACCAGUAAUGCUUCGUGUUAGAUUUGCACCAGUUUGUCGAGAUUCUGAAAUUUCCGUAAUCGGAGCUUCAUUAGAUGAAGUGAUACGUGUCAGAUGCCAUGUGGCUGCGGAUCCAAGCGAAGUUACUUUCGUAUGGCAGUUCAAUAAUAGCGGCGAAAGCUUCGAUGUGUCACCUGCACGUUUCACAACCACCAGUGGUAACAUGAGCGAACUGAAGUAUACUCCGGCGUCCCAAAGAGACUAUGGCACCCUCACAUGUUGGGGACAGAAUCCUAUCGGAAGACAAUCGGAACCUUGCAUCUUUCAAAUUGUACCUGCAGCAAAGCCGAGUCCCUUGAGCAAUUGUACUCUCCGAACAGCCACUAAUCAUAGCACGGAUGCUCUUGAGGUUGAAUGUCGGGCAGGUUACGACGGAGGACUUCCCCAGAGGUUUGUCUUGGAAGCUUACGACUCAUAUACGAUGCGUUUGCGGUUUAACGUUAGCAGCAGCAACACCGAGAUGCCAUUUUUCCGUUUCGAACUUUCCGAGUUAUUAACAUCUAAUGGUGAGGGGAUUCCGCCGUCAUUAAGGGUCGUGGUCUACGCCGAAAAUGCGAAAGGACGUAGCGAAAAAGUUGUUCUCGAAGAUAUCACCCUUAACGACGCCGAAAAGCGUACAGAUGAUAAUUCGAGCAUAAGUAUUCUUCCAUUGGCUGCACUCCUAACUGGAUCGCUACUUACGUUGGGAUUAGCGGUCUUACUUGUUAUUGUCUUGGCAGUGAGAAGAAGUCGACAUAGGCAUUGUGCCAGAUCACAUUGCGGUCAUCAACUGGAAAUUUCUAAAGCUCCCAAAAUGACUCCGCAAGCUUCCAGAACUAAUUCCAUGUUAGAAAUUAACACCGGAGAUCAAAGAUACGUCGUUGCGUAUACGUUAAAGCCAGCCUCGGACUGCGUAAAUCAACCGCCCCUCUCUGUACCGAUCGAUCAUCAACCGGACAUUCUCAAUACUCCUAGAGGUACCCCUCCAAGUGCCGGAGGCCCACUACCAAGACCCGACGCACUUUUCACACCAACGAUGGAACGAAGCAGACCUAACGCCAUGUUUAAUAGCUAUUGCCACGCAGAAUUAACCUUAUCUCCGGAAACGUGCGCCAUUCAAACCGCUACAAUAGGCAGACCGCGUGGACGACCAAAAGAUGUACCUCCAUUCUCGACGUUUGCCACAAUGCGAAGAGAUCACAUAAUAGCAGAUUCCAUACCGGGUCCUGAGAGUUGUGUGUAAUUAGCUAAUAAUAAACCUGUGAUACAGUUAUGCCAACUGUCUAGUAAUUGUAAAUGUCUGAUUAUAUAACAAUCGAGGACUGGCGAGCUUAAACGUAUUUCUUAAGUUUUUACUAAAAAAAAUAAUCAACGAAUGAGAAGUAUUCCUAAUUUAUAAUUAGUGAUGUAACUAUAGAUGGUAAAGUUUAGUUACCUUAUCAACGACGACGACGUGUACCGACCCACCAGAGAUGAAGAUCCUUUGGAUUUUUUACGAAAGAAUAGUUAAUGUAAUGUUACGUAUCUAAACGAAGGUUUAAUGUAAUUAUCAUCCGGUGCAGCAUGUGAUGCUCAUAAAUAUUUAUUAGAUUUUAUGGAGUGAAACUCUCUAAGACUGUUCUCGAACUAAUUGCGAUUUGCAAGCAUGUGUAAAAUACUGCCUUGUAAAUGAAAUUGUACAUAGAUAGUUGACUUUGUGUGUGCGUAUGAGCUUAUUAUUGCUGUGCAAUAAUGAUAUUUUUAAUAUGUUCGGAUGGUGUCAUCUUGAACGUCUGAUGUGUCAUGUUUGAAUGUAUAGUCUAUUCUUAUUGGUUUGUAUGGUCUGCUUUGUGUAUAUAAUUAUUGAAACCUAACUCCAUAAAUAAAUUUAUGUCAGUUUGAGA